UCUGCUAUCCUUUUUGUCCUCAAUCCAAAUGUAAAUGUGCCGUAGUUUCUGGUGCACAAAGACCGGUGACUGUGCAAUAUGCAGGAGAAGGACAUGGAGUAUAAUAAAUGGACGCAGCCGGGCUGGAGGAUCGAGCAGAAAUACUCCAAAAAAGUGCUUAUAGGCAACUGGGCUGAGGAAAGACUUCAGUUCUCUCGGGAGUCCAGGACAACAAACAGCAGCAAUAGGCUAGACUUCAGGCCUCAGACAGAUCACAGGCCAGAUGUGAUCAUCAGACGGACGUCGCUGCGUAGAUCUGAGGGUCUUCCCACCAGACUUUUCUUCUCCCAUCAUAACACACCCACUUCACAUUACCUGGUUAGUCUAUAUGACGAAUCUUACGGUCGACGUAACUCCUCUAGCCUUCCCAAACUUCGCACCUGGCACACUGACAAGAUGGGUUGGAUCCCUGAGAAGUCUGACCACCCGCUUUAUGGCCCUCCAACCAACUACGGUCUGACAGAGCAUUGGCGAGCGCAGCUGGAGAAGCAGCAGACGGGGUCGCACAUGCUCAGUAUGUACAGAGCGGCAUAUCCAGUGCACCCCACAGAUGCGUUCUGUCAGCCACGGCAUGCCAGAGUGCCAGGUCUGACCUCCAUCAGAAAGAACGAACUGGAAAUAAACCCCAUGCCAGGAAAUGCUGCUAAACCAAUGUCACCCCUGCCAUGUGUAUAACUCUUGUUUUAUCAUAUUCAUUCUUUAUAAAA